AUGGAAGAGGAUCGACAGAUGGAAGAAAUGGAGGAAGAAACAGAGGAAGAAACAGAGGAAGAGAUAGAGAUGGAGGAAGAAAUGGAGGAAGAAAUGGAGGAAGAAACAGAGGAAAGAGAGGUAGAGAUGGAGGAAGAAAUGGAGGAAGAAACAGAGGAAGAGAUAGAGAUGGAGGAAGAAAUGGAGGAAGAAACAGAGGAAGAGAUAGAGAUGGAGGAAGAAAUGGAGGAAGAAUUGGGGGAAGAGAUAGAGAUGGAGGAAGAAAUGGGGGAAGAGAUAGAGAUGGAGGAAGAAAUGGAGGAAGAAAUGGAGGAAGAAAUGGAGGAAGACAUGAUAUUCGAGUGGUCCAAGACCCUACGCAGCCCCACUUCCGUCCUGCAAAACCUUCCCUCCCUCGAGAUUGCACGCACCAACUUUAUGAAGCUGAAUGGCGAUGACCUUGUGAAAGAUGUCUUCAAAAAAUUCUUCAUUGAGCAGGGAAUGGAUCGCACGUUUGGUCUCGCCAUGCUUCAUCGUCAUUUUGACCUCGAGCCUGGUGAGAUGCUUGUUGAUUACGAAGGUACAUCUGUACCUUGGAACGCGGGCCAUGUCUCCGGAAUGAAACCUCCUCAGCCUGCUAUUUGGGCAGUCUCAUCUGAUGGUGAAUUCAAACCGACUGAGUUCUAUUUCUCGGAGGGGGAGGGCCUGACUAUCGGGGAGGAAGAAUUACGUUUCAUGAAGCGCUUUCAAGAAUUACUUCAUGAGCACAAAGUUACCCAAUCAUUUGGUCUCUGCCGAUAUCCUGGAGACGAUUUCAAUGGCUUGUGUGAAAUCACUCAUGGAAGAGCCAACAUCAACCUGAAACCAAAUGAUGUACGUGGAAUCCAGGACCUUGGUUUUUUUCCGAACCAAUCUGGACUCGUGGAUGCCGAUGCACCUGCAAUGCAAGCAGUCCUGAUCACCCUCAUGGAGUUCACAUUUACACUAUGUCUGGAUAGGGACGGCAGUAGUGCCCAACAGUCUUUCUACGAGAAUAAUAUUCCCAUCGCCAUAUCCCAACUUCGAAGCGAUAACCAAAUUCCUACCCUGUGUCAGUACUUUGACGGUGGCCAAUGUCGCGUAUUCAAGGUGACCUUUACGGACGGCGAGAGCUGGGCCGUACGAGUGCCUCUUUUUGUCCACCAUGCUUCACAGGACACUCUUAUACAGCUUCUUGAGUCCGAAGCUCGUAUCCUUGAAGAGCUUGAGUUGACGGGGUUCUCAUGGGCUGCAAGGCUCCGGGGCUGCAGUCUCACAUUCGAUAAUGCGAUCGGAUACCCCUUCAUCGCAUUGACAUGGAUUCCGGGCAGCCAGCUUUCAUGGUCCGAUGAAUUUCCGACGCGGCCUCUUCGAAAUAAAAUCCUAGAUCAAGUUGCGGUGUUGCACACAUCACUGAUUGAAUGUACUAAAGAGACCAGGGGAUCUUCCCUAAAGCAUUUCACCCGGAUAAUCCAGAACAAGACUCGUCGAGUCCGCGAUGGUCUCCUUCCAGGAAUCACGGAACAGGACUGCUCUGACCAAAUGAACAUUCUCUCUAAUGUUCUUUUACCUGAACUUGAUGAAGCACCUUUCGCCAUUGCCCAUGGCGAUCUAUCACCACAAAACAUACUCAUAGAUGCACAGCACAAUGUCACAGGGUAA